UUUUGGGAAAAUGAAGCUUUGAUUGCACACCUCCUCCCUUCUUCUCUUGAGUCUCAGCAAUCGACCGUUUAUAUUGUCAGACCACAUCUUCCUUGCCUCAAAUUACAUAACCAAAGCUUGAGAGAGAAAGAGAAUCGAGAGAUGUUUUACUCUCAGUUGCUGCUGUCGAAGAAGGGGGCGUUAGGCAUCAUUUGGAUGGCCGCUCAUUGCCAUAAACGCCUUAAGAAGGAUCAAGUUCACCACACCCACAUUCCUUCUUCUGUCGAUAAGAUCCUUGAUGAUGGAGUUCCGGUGGUCACUCAUAGAAUUUUAGCCUUCCUUCUUCUAGGCGUUGUGAGAAUCUACUCCAAGAAAGUUGAGUAUCUACUUAAUGACUGUCAUGAAAUUCUCAACAGGCUGUGUACCUUUAAGACCGGGAAAAGUGCACAAGCUGAAGCAGGUGUCGGCAUCUCUCGCCCUCAGGGACCUUCUCACUCGAUUACUCUACCCGCGAGAUUUGAACUUGAUACAUUUGAUCUAGGUCUAGAUCAAGAUGCAAUGGGUGGGAAAUUAAGAUCACAUGAACAAGAGAUGCAUGCAGAUGGGCGCGGAAAAGUCUCUCGUAGAUCUGGCUCAUUUUGCAAGGAUAUUGUUCUACCUUCUGAAGCUUACUCAUCUACUCACACACCGCCCAGAGAUGUGUUAGGAGCCCAUCAGAAACAGGACUUGUCAGUGAAGUCAUCAAGUAAUGCAAACAUUUCUUUAGCUGGUGUUGAGGUACUUCGUCACGCACGUCGUUCUUUAGAAGAUUGUGUGGAUCCAAUUCAGUUGGAUGAAACUGAAAACGAACAAAUGCAUAACAAGCUAUUCAUCAAGGAUUGCAAGAAUUGUCCAACAAAUGAGUCAGGUUCUGAUUCUGGUGCUGCUGUUCGUUUAUUAAAUAGUAGGCAUCAUUCUUUACCAAGUCCGGGCAUUGAAUUCAUGGUACUAGAUGAUGCUGAAAAGGAGCAACUGAACAAAAGGGCAUCUCAUGAGAAUGUCAGUCCAAAUACCAAGGGACGGAGUCAAGAAGAACAAAUGUAUGAUUAUUUAUCUACCAAGGAUCUACAGACUAAUAUCCAAUGGCCGACCAGCAGUAUGGAGUCUGAUUUUGUUGUACGUCUAUCCAAUAAUGGUAUCCUUCCCUUACCAAGUUUGGAGAUGCUUCGUGGGACUGUGUUUACUUUGGAAGAUCGUCUUGAACCAAUGGUGUUGGAUGAAGCUGAAGAGGAGCAAUUGUAUGACAGGCCGUCUAAUAAAAGUACAAGUUCAAAUUUCCUGGCGCCAAUUCAAGAUGUAGAAUUGAAUUCUGUAGUGAACCCAUCGCGCGAAGGAAGCAAUCCUGUAGAAAACUUGGAAAUACUCGAUGAAAGCAAUUUCUCUAUGGAACAUUUAUCCGGUUUAAUGCUAUUGAACUUGGCUGAAAAGAAAGAUGACCAUGAUAAGCCAACACUUGACGAGCAUGUAGCUGAAGAGAAGCGCAUGGACCAUCUGCCUACUCAGUCGAGUUUUCAAGAACAUUUAGACCAAGUUUCUACUGAAGCAGUUUAUAAUGCAGGGAAAGUGGGUCCAGAACUAGAGGUCAUUCCCCCGGAAAGUGUAAAAUGCCAGAAACCAGAAAGUGUUCAUGUGUUUAUUCUAACUCCUCAACCAAAGCUUCCAGCAACAGAUGUUGGAACUGUGGGAGUUGCAGCUGUUCAGACUCCUGGCAGAAAGGAGAGUGCGAAGAUUCUUAAAAAGCGGAAGGCAUUGGUGGAUGUGGCCACAGUGGUGCCAAAUAAGGUAUUGAAGAGAUGGAUACAAGAAGAUCCGAUUGACCUAAAACGCGGGAGAAAGAAUAUUCCUCAUACUCGGUCACAAGCCUGGAGAUCUCAUAAAAGUUACACACACAGUUUCCUUGAGCCUUCGAUUCCCGGUGUCUCAGUAAAUCUCUGUUACAACAGCUGCUAUUCACUAGAAACUUUAUCUGUGAAAUCAUCUGUUGGCCAAGAUGGUCUCGAAGCUCCUACAACGCAUGGUGCUCAAGAACGGAUUCCAGACAUCAGAUCUCCUAUUACAGAAGAGUCUCCCACACAAACUCCAGUUGUCAGUUCUUCAGUUGCAGAUUUACUGAGUGGGCAAACUGCUGUCACGCCCCUAGUUUUAGAAAAGCCUCUUGAACAAACUCCACCUGUCAGAUCUCCGGUUGCAGAAGAUUUUCAGGACCAAAUUCCGAUCGCUCCUGGAACACCUGUUGCUUACUUUAACUCGUUGAGAUCACACGAAGCUGAAACAGUUGCGGCUGAUUCAGAAAUCUUGGAAUCUUCCUCAUCCCUUGAAAGCAUAGAGAAGUGUACAUCUUCAAGUGAACAACUUGAACCGGACGCUUUGUUUCAGGAGGAAACGAGCUCGUUCAAAGGUGAUAGCUUGGAGAAAGAUGCAUUCUCUUCCAGAACAAGAGUAAUUGGAAGUUAUCUUGCUAAGAAGCUCCUGCAUAAAAGGACACGAAAAGAGGAAGAAGUAUUGAGCUUGUCGCGCUUAUUGGCAGGAAAAACGAAGAAAGAGAGCACAAUUAUGUUCUAUGAGAUGCUGGUUUUGAAAACACGAGACUGCAUAGACGUGCAGCAGGAGAGUGCUUACCACAAUAUUCUUGUGCGCGAGACCCCCAAACUGAGGCAGUAUUUCGAAUGAGUACGGAGUAGAUGAGCAUUUCGUUGUAAAUAUUUCUAGAUAGAUGUAGUUUUAGCAAGAACGUAGGGAGUUAGGACAAUUUUCAUGUGGUAAUGGCUUUUGUUGAAUGCUUACUUGUGCUCUCUUUAACUAGGACGGUUCAAUAUCCAUUUGUUUAUAUUCUGCA